AUGGCUGACCUGGACAAGGCAGCACGAUGGGAGCCCAUGGACCGAAACGGAAUCGAACAUCUUCACAUCAGGACGACAACCAGCGGCUUGGUCGCCCAGAGCGUGGUGGUCGGGACUCAAAAUGGCGCAAAAUACGGGAUAUUCUAUCGAAUAGUUCUCGACGCCAACUGGGCCGUGAGGGAGCUUGAGAUAAAGGACACGGCAGCCGAUCAGAAACAGGUUCUGAGUGCUGACGGCAAAGGAAAGUGGUUCGAUGCUAGUGGAACCCACAUGACUGGUCUUGAUGGAUGCAUUGAUAUUGAUAUUUCCGCAACACCAUUUACCAAUACACUCCCGAUCCGUCGCUUACAACUGAAACAAGGCGCAGUGCAAGUCCUCCGUAUUGUGUAUAUACCGGUUCCAGCUCUUAAGCCGGUCGCGGUGGAGCAACGGUAUACAUGUCUCCAGCCGAACAAAUUGUAUCGCUACGAGGGCUUGACUUCAGGAUUUAUGGCGGAGCUUACCACAGACGAGGAUGGUUUUAUUGUCGAUUACCCUGGACUUUUUAGGCGCUUGUUGUAA